AUGACGACGCACACAUAUCCCUCCGCCCUGGAAAAAGGCCCGCAGUACCCGGGCCUGAUCCAGAUCCAGACCCAGAUCCAGAUCCAGACCCAGAUCCAUAACCAGAUCCAGAUCCAGAUCCAGAGCUGCCUCCCUAAAAAGGGGCUAUGGAAAGCUACAGAUUACGAUAUACGUCUUCAGGGAUUCCAGAGGCACAAACAAUCACAUCUGCGUGUUAUCUUUAGAACAAUGGACUUGACCCUUCGAGAUGCUCUGGGGGGGGGCGGAGGUGGGGCCCCGGCUGAGGCCCUGCUGAAGAGGGACUUUGUGGCCUCGUUAGAGAAGGAGAGCUAUGAUGACAAGGUGGGAGAGACGGUCUCCAAGGGCGACUACAGGCCCUUAUUGGAUGGAAAGGACACUAAAAGCGGUCCUGGAAUGAUGUCAUCGAUGAUGUCAUCUAGUGGUCGGCAAGAUCCUCCCGGCCAGCCGGCCUUCAGCUCUGACUACCUGUCUGGUCCUAUGAUGGGGGGGAUGACAGGUCAGUGGAGCCUGAACAAGACAAAGGACAGCAGCAUGCCUGACUCAUUUCUAGGCUUCUCCCAGUCCGGGAUGUCUGGGACCAUGGGCUCCAGCCUGCCACCGUUCCAGACCAGCAUGAGCUCCUCUCUGGGACAGACCGGGAUGAGUGCAGCCAUGGACACCCAGAAGAGCUCGGGCCUGUUCGGAGUGGACAGCAAAACCUCCAGUAACAUCAUGGGGAGCAGUCCUUGUAAAACCAGUGACCCCUUUUCUUCUGGUGGCCCAGGAAUCCACUCGAUGGAUCACUCCACAGCUCCCGCCCUCUCUCCCAGCGGCUCACUGGAUGACAGCAGUGCCACGUCGUCCAACUCUGAACCCCUCAGCCCCGAGAGAGCGGGGCCGGGAGGCGAGGCAGGCAAGCAACGGCGGCGGAAGAAGAAGAGGAAGGGCCGUGACGAAGUCUACGACUUCCUGGAUAACCAGGACAGAAAUGCCCACCCAGCAGACCAGCGCGGGCUGCAGGACAGAGGCGGGAGGGAGGCGGAGGAGGACGGAGAUGAGGAGGAGAACUGGGAGUGGGAGAUCAGAGAGAGUGGUGGAGGGGGCAGGGUGAAAGGCAGGAAGACUAAGAGCCGGGCAAGACUUCCAGAGGAAUGGGGCGCGCCCACCCAGGCCCCGGGGGCUCCCACCUGGGCUCCAGACGCUGGUCCUGCUCCAAACCACAGCCCCAGCCCCGCCUUCCCCUCUGAACAAACACCCACGAGCUUCACCAACUGUUCCCAUGUCAGUCUUGUAACAGAUCUGUCCCCCCGUGCCUACGAACCCAUGUGUGUAGACGACUACCCCGUGUCUGGAAACGAUGGGCUAAAAGCGAGUGAGGGAAAGGUUUCCCCCAGCAAACCCGGACCUAACAUUGGCCUGGCCUCCAGUGUUGCCGGUAAAAGCUCUUUGAGUGGAGAUGUCAGUGGCAGUCUAGCUCUAAUGGCCGGGGAUAAUCUGAGCCCAGUCUCCCAGACCUUCUCUUUCCUCGAUUCAGUCCUCCAGACUCCUCCGGGCUCCACCCCCGACUCACAGACCUCCGUCCCCGUCACCAACACGCCCUCCAUAGCCCCCGCAUCCCUGAUCAGGUCCACCCCAUCCGAGUCCUCCAUCCCUGCUUCACAAAUGUCCUCCAUUUUUAACCCUCCUCCUGAACCCCCUCUGUCCUCCAACCCGUCUCCCCUAGUUACCCCGGCAACCACAGUCAGGUCAGCCCUCAAUGUUGAUGCCAGGCCUUUUGUCCCCUCUGCCCCUGUCCUGUCCUCCACCACCCCCCCCGCCCCUCUUAGCUCCUCCAUGGCACCUUCACAGAAUGAAGCCGGCCUGUGGUCUUCAUCACCACCCUCAUCAUCAUCAUCAGACUUUCCAUCCAAAGGUGUAGCCAUGUCCCAUAGUUCUGCCACAGCCCCCCCCUCCACCCCCCCGGCAGCCCCUCCCUCUCUCCCUGCACACUCAGAGCACCAGGAGUUCUCCUCGCCACAGCUCCCCCCACUGGAAGCUCGGUGGCUCCAUCAUGUGUCUGCUGUGGGAACUACAAAUCAACCCCCCACGCCGCUGCAGCGCUGUAAUAAUCACCUUAUCAACUAUUUGGGUUUGGAAGGGGGGGGGGGUUUGCGGUCGUCGGAAUCGGAGGGUGUUGUCAGGGAGACGUGGGAGGCGGUUGCCGUGGAAACAAAGACACUCUGCGGGGGCUGGAGGGAAAGGGAAAGGGUGGACGGGUAUGGUCCUAGGAGCUGCUACUGUUACUCAGUGAUGCUCCAUCUGUUGAACGAG